GCGACGCCAGAAUCUUUCAUUUUGUGUUUGGGGAAGCAGAUUGCAACAUAGAAUUUCAGCAUCGAAAUCGCAAACCUGCCAGAGAUGUCCGGCGAACAACAACAGAGCAUGCGCGUGGUGGCUUUCCGCGGCCCUUACAAGGUCGCGGUGGAGGAACGGCCGGUACCCCGGAUACAGGACGCGAGGGAUGUGGUGGUUAAGGUGAAGUAUACGGCGCUUUGUGGGAGUGAUCUUCAUGUGUACCGGGGAAUUGAGCCGAAUGGGGAAGGGGUUGUGAUGGGACAUGAGGUUACUGGAGUGGUUGUUGAGGUUGGGGAUGAGGUGCGCUCCGUCAAGAAGGGAGAUUCGGUUGUGAGCGCUUUUACCACGUCUUGGUGAGUGAUCCUCUUCCAUUGGGUGCUGCUAGUGUUGUUCUGGUAGUAGUGGUGGUAGUGGUUUACUGGGGCCAGAGGAGGAGUUGCGGAAUGUAUUUGAGAGGAGGACGGAUGAGUUGGUCUCAAGGAGUGGCUAUGGAGCGGGGAACUCGAUCUUUAUGCUUAUUCAUGGGUUGGUCAGCGGCAAAUGCUGGUACUGCACUCAGGGACACUCUUCGCGUUGUGAGCAGAAUGUCCUGCUGGGAUGCGAUAACCUCGACGGCGCUCAGGCUGAAUAUGUGAGUAGAUUCUGCAGAUCUGAGGGCG